AAUCCUCUGGGUAAGUGUAACUGGAUCACAGGUUAACGUGGUUGGGCCAUAGCAAUGUGCAUGGCUCAGGAAAGUCCCCGGGCCAAUUUCUGCAGAGAUGCAGGCUCGGCAACGAGUAACCUUCGCGCUGGCAGAUUGGCUGAGACAAGUGUGGAGCCAUCAAUUUGUCGCCGAAGCACCUGGCCAAACUUACAGUGAUCCGCGUAGGUCAUCAAAGUGCUGCGACCAACAGAACGGGGCUUACAACCUUGUGAUCCACCAUUUUUUACAAGUUGCGUUAACAAGUAUUAUUGCCUUCAUAGGAACAAAAAAGCCUCUUUUUGUUGUAAUUAUAGCCGACAUGGUUGCUCUCCCUAUGCAGGAACUGGUGGAAUGGGAGCACACGACUAAAGUGCAAGGGAAGAUGCAUGCAUGCGGUCAUGAUGCUCAUGUUGCUAUGCUUCUCAGUGCUGCAAAGAUCCUCAAAGAGCAUGAAAAAGAUAUCCAAGUGUUUGUUUUGAUCCUUCUUUUUUCUUCUAAAUAAUUAUAUGUGUUGUUGAUAUUUUUCAUAUCAGUUACAAUGUUUGUGUGG